AGCUCGAAGCCCGGAUGCGCCGCCAUGCCGACUCUAUCAGCGAAUGGAAUAAUUUAUUCACCAACCUGGCAGACACUAAUCGACUAGAGUUGACUUAAGAAGUCGACUAGGCGGUCUGGGGGCCAUAGAAGCCUUUAUAGCGUGCAGACCUGCACGGAAUAACCGCGCCGUGCGCGUCCGUGCUCCUUACCAGGGUUGUGUUGAUGUGUAAAGACACUUGUGUGCUAGCUACGCUAACGUUAGCUCGAGCGGAGGGAGUGCGGGGUAGUGACAGUCCGGCCGGAGGCGGGGAGUACUCCACUGCGAGAACCAUAAAAAAAUCCAUGUCUUUGUGAGCUCAGAAAACUAAAGAAGAUGUCUGUUGAUGAGGAAACUGCAAAAACUGGCUGCCUACAGCCCAGCUCGACAUCACCCCUGCAUCUCUCCGACUGUACCGGAGGUUACAGCGGUGUGUCUGUGAUGAUGGAGGGAGAGGCAGCCACCCCUGACUGUGCAGCGGCUUGUCCCGUCCUGGGCACCGCGGCCUCCCCAAAACACACCAGCACGGACAGUGCCGGACAGAGAGCCAGAGGGAACGACAACACCCUUAACCGAAAGAACAGCUUCCAUCAUUCCAAACCCCAACAGCAAACCAAAGUAACAAAGCGGCGCUACACAGCAAAUUCGAGUUUCAAACAUCCGACAGCUGGCAAGAGGAGACGAAGGGCCAACUCUGAGAGUGACUCCGUCCUGCCAACCAACUUCCUCUUGGGUGGCAAUAUUUUUGACCCUCUGAAUCUUAACAGCCUGCUGGACGAGGAAGUCAACCGGGCGCUCAAUGCAGAGACGCCCAAAUCUUCCCCCCUGCCAGCGAAGAGUCGAGACCCUGUUGAGAUUCUCAUCCCCAGGGACAUCACAGAUCCACUGAACCUGAACAGCGGGAUAGCAGACAGCAGCUUUUUGGUGUCUCCCUUCAAGAGUGGUGGAAGGAGAAGACACCGCAACAGACACCAUGGAGGGGGGGGCACUGGAGGAGGAGGAGGUGGUGCUGGUGGUGGGAGCGGGGUUUCAUCAACACAAACGAACAUCUCAGAAUCGGGUAAAAGCGAGGUUAAAAGUAGCAGCUCGGCACAGCUUCCAGGUAUGCCAGGUUCCUGCUCUGCACUCGAUUCUUCCAAAGAGUCCGACAGUUUUUCCAGCGUCCCAGGAGAUUCGCAUGAGCACACAGCUGAAAGCUCAGCCAGCUGUAAGGAGGAGAUGACAUCUGUAUCCGUAGAGGAUGCUGCUUCUCUCCUGUCAGGAGGACCACACCAGCACACAAGCAGACGCAAGCGAAGGCGAAACUCGGGCAGAAUGGAAGCCCCUGUCAUUCACUCUACUCCCAUUAAUAAAUCAGCACCUGGAGACAAGAGCUGCGGUACAGGGGCCCCACGAAAUUCCUUCCACACACCAAGAAGUGGUCCCAAAACGGGCCCUGGAUUUCGCCAGCACCAGCACCCCCACCCCCAAAAUCAGUCAAGAGAACACCAGAAGAAGUUCCAGUAUGGCAACUACAACAAAUAUUACGGCUAUCGUAACCCAGGCUGUAGUGAAGACCCUCGUAUACGAGUGCUGCGCCAGGAGUGGUUUGAAGGGAAAGAUGUACUGGACUUGGGCUGUAACUCAGGCCACCUAACACUCUAUAUUGCCAAAAUGUUCAGACCCACACGCAUAUUGGGCCUUGAUAUAGACGGUGGUCUGAUCCAUGCAGCGCGUAAGAACAUCAGGCAUUAUCUGUCUGAGCUGCAGACCCAAGAGGCCAGGCGAGCUGUUCAGGAGAAAAAGCCCCCGAAACAGGAGGGGAAGAGCGGAAAUGAGAGUCACACAGGAACAGAAAAGAAGCACAAUGAAGCCAAGAGCAGGGAUGAAAACGGGAACGCAUGGAAAGGACAAAGUGGCCCUGCGGAGGCUGUAAAUGACGGCGACUCCAGUCACACAGACGGGAUGGGCACCCAGGGGCAGAGCAGCAAAACAGAGGAAAUGGAGCAAGAAGACUGUGACAGGCCCCCUGCCGAUCCCACCGUUAGCAGCUGUUUUCCAGUCUCCCUGCGAAUCUCCAGGGGGCCCAUCGCUGCACCCCCACUUACAGAAUCACCCAACGCUCCGCCAGGGGAGUUCCCUUCCAAUGUGUCUUUCGUCAAGGCCAAUUAUGUACUGGACAACGAUCAUCUUCUUCUCACUCAGAGGCAAGAGUAUGACGUGAUACUGUGCCUCAGCGUUACCAAAUGGGUUCACCUGAACUGGGGAGACAGUGGUCUGAAGCGACUCUUCAAGAGGGUGUACAGACAUCUUCGACCUGGGGGCAUGUUCAUCUUGGAGCCGCAGCCCUGGGAGUCCUAUGUGCGGAGGAAGAAGCUCACUGAUAACAUUUACAGGAAUUAUCACAGCAUCCGGCUCAAACCGGACCAGUUUUCGUCAUAUCUCACGAGUGAGCUGGGCUUCACCAGCUUUGAACACCUCGAGGCUCCCAAAUGUUCAGUAAGAGGUUUUCAGAGGCCAAUUUACGUUUUUCACAAAUGACCUGUCCGGCCUUGAGCACCGUUGAAUGUGAUUAGCCGGAUCUACCAUCACUCAUUCGAACCGCCCAGCCGCUCUGGACUGCAGGACAUCCUUCCUAUCAGUUUUUUCAGAUGGAAAUCUACAGAAGAGGGAAAACAUGGGACCAGAGGUGCAGCCACUGAUGUAAAGCUGAGAUUUAACAAAUCCCCUGUGACUACAAACUCUUCAGAAAGUAUGGUGUGAACUUAGAGAAGACUUCAGCGUGUAGCUGAAAACAUGGAGACAAGCCAGGUUUGACCAGACGAUGGAGGACGUGCAAAUUUGAUUAUUUCCUUUCCUCUCCAAGUUUUAAUGAUGCUCCCGAACAAUGCAUGGCCACAACCUCUGUUUGAAUAUCUUUGGCCAUUCUUCAUUGCCUUCAUAACAUUGUUUUGUGCAACCACAUAACCAGUCUUUACACAUAUUAGGCUUGUGCGAAUGAGCAGAUUAAUUCAGUCACCAUCACUGUUAACAAGCCAGAGUGGUUACACACAUCAGGUCUGUGUUACGUCUCCAGAACAGCUGCAUAAUGCUUAAUUACAGAGCCGUUCAACAGGUAGCAUACUGAAAUAUCAUUUGAAAAGCCACAAUAAAGUACAGGUUAAAAUGUUUUCAUUCAUUGUAAAAGGCUGCAAAGUUGUUUUCUAAGCGAGUUCUACGGGCAGCAAAGAAAUCUCACAUAAUGGUUCAAUUUUUGCACUGUGUUUUAAGCCUUAAAACUUUGUUGCAGGCAGCAUAAAAUGCACAUAAGAUGGCGAUUUAAUGAUAAAAGGCAACUAUCCUUAAGGUCUGUUUAAAAAAAACAUCUCCCCUUUUCUGACCCUAUUUAAUGCUAAAUAUGGCCGAGAUCCGAAAUAUCUUCAAGAGUGAGCCUUCUGCAAACUUUUGGACGUGUCAACUUUCCCCAUCAACUAUUUGGAAACAAGAAGUCACAUGAAGGGUUUUAACUUUUGACAUGUAUGCUGCUUCUGGAUGGUUGAGGGCAUAUUUAAAAUGUAAUGGCUCAGCUCAAGAUAAGGCGGAGACCACAAGCUCCAUAGUGAGAGCUACAUCUGUAGCGUGCCGUUAUCUGUCCCUCCAGUUAAGCCAUAGUCGCAACCCGGCCUGCUGCCCGCUGUGUUUUGGGAGGUGCUGACAAAGGAAACGACCGAGCAGAAAUUUUGGCGCCGCAGCAUCUUCAGUGCCGUUUUACUCAGACACAAAAUGUUGUUUUGUCACCACCGGAUGGGGAUGAAUACAGACUGCUGCAGUGCCCUUCUAGUCAGACGUCACGUUUGCAAGGCUGAACGAUGAAAUUGCAUUGAAAAUUGUCUCAAUUUAAAAAGAAAAACAAAAGACAUCCAUAUGGUUUUCUUUUUAACCAGAUUUAAAUGCGUAGAUGCUAUUUGUACCGAGCACUGCCAAAAUGUUUUAUGGGUCUUCUCUUCAAGUUAUGCCUACACUCUGUGGCUCUCCGAGGACAGGAUGAGCACCUGGUUGCCAGGUUUUGUGAUGACGUUGUCACUGAUGUGCACUGAGCACCAUUCAUCUCCUGAGGUGAGUGAGACAGGACAUGUUUCCCCUUUUUUUUGUGGCUGAUGCGCGGCAUUGGCCAUACCCGGGUGGAUGAGAUGUUUCUAUUUCGUUACGUGAUCAAUGUAAAUAAGUUAGCAAAUUUUAUUUUGAUAUUGUUUUUGAGUUAACUGCUUUUGUAAUUUUCAUGUUUUUCUUGUUUUCUAAUGUUUGCUGCCAAUCAUUCAUUUUUUCUUUUUGUCUUUCUGGUAAAAACGGAUUGAUGAUCCUGCUUUGUAACAAAGGAAUGUGUACGUUGUUCUGCUGUUUCUGCUUUGUUCUCUCCUGGGAGACACAUGGAUUGUUAGAUUAGUGCUUUCUUUUGUUUGAAUGUUUUUUUUAAAUAUAUAUAUAUAAAUCGUCGAAUUGAGUGACGGUGUCUGUGCAAUCUCAUUUCCUUUUCAUUUGAAACAUUCAAUUUCACUAAAAUAUUAAGGCUUAACUUUUUCCUCCAUUACUUUUUAUUUUAGCUGAGCCGAAACUGCGUUUUGGCCCAUCAGACAUGCCAUUUUCUGCUAAGCUAAGACAAUCGGACUCUCAGGCUUAGAUCAACCCACUGCUGUGGCUCAAAGGCAUUUUCAUUUCUGCUUCUGUCUUGCGUUACAUGAUCUCAAGCUGUCAUUUCAGAGAGCCUGUUUGAAGUUAGCUUGUGCUUUUCCACUGAUGUGAGCGAUGGCACCUUAGUGACUCAGCUUCAGGUGUUCAGGUAAAAACGGAGGAGAGGUCACUUGCUGUCAUUGACAGUGCGCUGUAAACUAUUUUUACUCCCCGGGAAGUUUUACACAGGUGCUACGGUGGUGUAAUUUGCAUUAAACUGAGUUAUGCGCAAUGGUUUAAGGGCAAGGUGGAUGAUGGUCCUCAUUGUGACUUUUUUAUUGCCAGUGACAGGUAUCACUAUUUUAAAAACGAUAACAGUUCCACGCACGUUUAGGUUGUAGUCAUGCAAAGCAUAAUUCUAUGCACUAUUGGCUUUAUACUGCUCUAUUAGCUGGAUUCCGAUUAAAGAUAAGACUUGUUUUUAUGAUCUGUGGAAGCUCCAGGAGUCACCAUCUUUUUUUCCCGUUACUCUUUUUAUUUGCACUCACAGGAAUAAAAGGAAAUAGUUAAUAGGUUAUAACAAUUCCAUUUAGUUUUUCUGGCCUAUUGCUGAGAUACACGGGUGAGAUUUGAUCCAUUAGUCCUGCUUUAUGCACCCAAUAAACGUUGACGCUGUGCUAAAAUUUCCAGAGAGUUGACAUAUUCUUGGUUGAUUUAUGUCUGAAUGUCAGAGCUACAACCUGAUGAUGGAUUUUUAACUGCAUUACCAUUGAAGAAAUAGUUUGUUACGAAUGCCAAAAAGAACUCUUGAGACUGCACCUUACCAACUAAUCUAAACUCCAGAAAGAUACUGAUUCUCUUAGGUACAACAAGGACAGUAACUCGGGGGGAGUACGGUUUUAGAAGGCAAUGAAAACCUCUGUUUUAUUUUGAACUUGCACUGAUACAAACAUGGUAAACUUUUUUUGCGUUCUUUUUUAUUUAGAUGUCCCUUAAAUGUCCUGAAAUGGGUUUUCUUUAUUAAGGAUUUUUCAUACGUUUCCCCCUAUCAGGGAAAAUGAAAAUUUACAUGCCUCUGAACAACAAAAUAUAUCUGAAUGUUUCUCUGUGUUUGCCAUUUUAAUUGAUUAAAACUGAUUCUGGC